GUUUUGAUUUUUCAACGAAUGUGUGCGAUGCGCUUUCACGCUUUUCUAUGGUCAUUGUGGCUACCGCUGUGUCUUCUGGCGCUGCAACCACAAAACGCUGAAGCCAAUGACUUUUCUUCGUUUUUAACAGCAAAUGCUUCGUUGGCCGUUGUAGUGGAUCAGGAAUAUAUGCAAAGGCGUGGUGAAAAUAUUCUAGCGAAUUUUCAAAAAAUCCUCAGUGAUGUGAUACGUGAGAAUUUGAAGAACGGUGGCAUCGAAGUCAAAUAUUACUCCUGGAGUCAGAUUCGAUUGAAAAAAGACUUUCUCGCUGCCAUGACAGUGAUGGAUUGCAAGAGUACUUGGCAAAUGUUUGACUCGACACAACAGAAUUCUAUACUACUGUUUGCUAUAACCGACGCCAAUUGUCCGCGGCUGCCGCUAAAUCGUGCUAUUAUGAUCCCCAUAGUCGAUGAAGGACAAGAAUUGUCGCAGAUUAUUUUGGACAUAAAGGUGCAGCGUUUGUUGCGUUGGAAGACGGCAGCAGUGCUACUCGAUCAGACUAUAUUGCACGACAAUCCCACUUUAGUGGAGUCAGUGGUACUUGAGAGCGCCAAAAAUCACAUAACACCGUUCUCCCUACUGCUCUACCAGAUCGACGACACGCUGCGCAGUCAAAAGAAACGCACGGCCAUACGCCAAAUGCUGAAUAUCUUUCAGGACAGCACACAAAUGCCGCGUCAAUUCAUUGUGUUGUCCGAAUUUUAUGAGGAUAUUGUAGAAAUCGCAGCAAGCAUGAAGCUAUUUCACGUUUACAAUCAAUGGGUAUUCUUUGUGCUCAACGAGGAGCAGCGCAGUCACGAUCCCAUGUCGGUGACGCAAAAUCUGGAGGAAGGUGCGAAUAUUGCAUUCAUGUUGAACACAACCGAACCGACUUGUACGAAUUCCAUUAACUGUACAAUAACGGAAUUAUCGAUGGCAUUCGUUAAAUCCAUUUCACGUAUGAUUGUGGAGGAGCAAUCGAUCUAUGGCGAAAUUUCCGAUGAAGAAUGGGAGGCUAUCAGAUUUACCAAACAGGAGAAGCAGGACGAAAUAUUGGGUUACAUGAAGGAAUACCUUAGAGAAUACAGUAAAUGCACCAGUUGUGCGCAUUGGAAAAUUGAGACUGCUUUAACAUGGGGCAAAAGCGAGGAGCAUCGUAGAUACCAAUCAAAUUUAGAACUUCGUGAUACACGCAAUCGAAAUUUUGAAUUCAUCGAUGUUGGCUAUUGGACUCCCACUUUGGGUUUCAAUACACAUGAAGUCAUGUUUCCACAUAUCGUGCAUUUCUUUCGCAAUAUCACCUUGGACAUUCUAACGGUGCACAGUCCACCAUGGCAAAUUUUGGAACGCAACAGUCGUGGUGACAUCGUACGUCAUAACGGUAUUUCGAUGGAAAUCCUCAAAGAAAUGAGUCGUUUGCUAAAUUUCUCAUAUAUUCUACAUGAGGUCAAGGUGAAUGCAGCAGACUUGGCUGCAGAAGACAUGCAGCACACAAACAAUGUAACGGACGAUCUCUCCGGUUCGCUUACAUUCAAUAUACCAUACCAAGUCAUAGAAACAAUGCAAUCGAGUCGCUACUUUAUGGCUGCACUAGCUGCCACCAUUGAUGAACCAGAUAAGAAAUCAUUUAACUUCACCGUGCCAAUAAGCGUACAGAUGUAUACUUUUAUCUCGCGCCAGCCAGAUGAAGUUAGUCGAAUAUAUCUGUUUGCUGCUCCCUUUACAACAGAGAUAUGGGGCUGCCUGGUGGCUAUCAUUAUAAUCACCGCACCAGUGCUGUACUUCAUAAAUCGUUGGGUGCCUAUGGACCAUUUGCGCAUAACCGGUCUGAGCACACUCAACAGUUGUUUUUGGUAUAUUUAUGGUGCACUCUUGCAACAAGGCGGCAUGUACUUACCAAAAGCGGAUAGUGGUCGCCUUGUGAUUGGUGUCUGGUGGAUUGUUGUAAUUGUGCUUGUGACUACAUACAGCGGAAAUUUGGUUGCGUUUUUGACAUUCCCACAAUUUCAACCUGGUAUAGAUUAUUUUUUUCAAAUAUUUUCAUCCAACGCUGUGCAACAAUUUGGCUUGAGAAAUGGUUCUUACUUUGAAAAGUAUGCAACGCAAAUAACAACGCGCGAUGAUUUUCGUGAUUAUAUUCAACGCGCUAAUAUUUAUAAUAAUGUUCAAGGUGAGGAUAUUGGCGCUGUGCAGGAUGGUAAACGCAUUAAUGUCGAUUGGCGCAUAAAUCUGCAGUUGAUUAUACAAAAGCAAUUCGAAAAGGACAAAGAGUGUAAAUUCUCAUUGGGGCGUGAUAAUUUCGUAGCCGAACAGAUUGGUUUGAUUGUGCCGCGUGAUAGUCCAUACCUACAAUUAAUUAAUGAUCAAAUAACACGUAUGUUCCAAAUGGGUUUCAUAGAACGUUGGCAUCAAAUAAAUUUACCUUCGAUGGACAAGUGUAGCGGUCAUGGUGGAAUGCGACAAAUUAUGAACCAUAAAGUGAAUUUGGAUGAUAUGCAGGGUUGCUUUAUGGUACUUCUGUUUGGUUUCAUUAUAGCUUUGUUUAUACUAUUCGUCGAAUAUUGGUAUAGAUGGUAUUUCGUUGAGCGAAAGAAAGGCGUUUUUGCAACUUGAAGUGUUGAACUUAUUAAAGAAGUGGCCGAUGAUAAGAAAUAGCAGACGAAGUAAUUCUUGAUAAACAUUUUUCAAAGGCACUUGCAAAUAUAUCCAAUACAAUUAACGUUGUUUUAACAUUCCAAUGGAGUUUUUAAUAAUAAAAUCACCGAAGUUCACAUACUUAUUUAUAUUACUUUAAUAUAAUUUGUUGGUGAAAAUCAAUUUCAUUUUACACGUAUAAAAGCAAUAACCCACAAGAACUUGUUAACUGUUACUGAUAAGCUUAGUUCGAGUUGGCGUUGGGGCCACGACGGCGACCGAAACCUUGCACAAUGUUGACGAAACGACGGUUGUAC